CCGGAGCCGCCUCCAUGCCCGGGGAGCGGCGGAUCCCGGCUCUCAGCCCGGCACUGUGACGGGCUCCCCGGCACCAUGGCCCCGGGAGGGCCAGCGUGAGCCUCCGGCCAGCGCCGGCACCGGGAGGAAGAUGCCAGCAGCCCUCCGGCACUGCCUGCCCUGCGGUCACCCUCGCCCGGGCGCGGUGGCCACCGGAGCUGAGCGAUGGAUUCCUUCUGCUUCGUCUGCUUCCAGAAAGAGGAGCUGCAGCCCCUGCACCUGCGCAGCGCAACCAUGAGCGCGGGCUCGAUUGAGCAGGAGCCGUCGCGCAAGCUGGGCUGCUGCGGGGUGCCCCUGAUCACCGAGGACAUGCAGUCCCUGGCCAUCCGCACGCUCUCGGGCACCGACAUCACCAAGCACUACGACCUCAUCCGCGAGCUCGGCAAGGGCACCUAUGGCAAGGUGGACCUGGUGUCCCACAAAAGCACAGGCACCAAGAUGGCCCUGAAGUUUGUCAACAAGAGCAAGACGAAGCUGAAGAACUUCCUGCGGGAAUUCAGCAUCACCAACACGCUCUCCUCCAGCCCCUUCAUCAUCAAGGUCUUCGACGUGGUCUUCGAGACCGAGGACUGCUACGUCUUUGCUCAGGAGUACGCCCCCGGCGGGGACCUCUUCGACAUCAUCCCGCCUCAGGUGGGGCUCCCCGAGGAGCUGGUGAAGCGCUGCGUGCAGCAGCUGGGCCUGGCCCUCGACUACAUGCACAGCAAGAGCCUGGUGCACCGGGACAUCAAACCGGAGAACGUGCUGCUCUUCGACCGCGACUGCCGCCGCGUCAAGCUGGCCGACUUCGGCAUGACGCGCAAGGUGGGCUGCCGCGUCAAGCGCAUCAGCGGCACCAUCCCUUACACGGCGCCCGAGGUGUGCCAGGCCGGCCGGGCCGAGGGCUUCGCCGUGGACACCAGCAUCGACGUCUGGGCUUUCGGGGUGCUCAUCUUCUGCGUGCUCACCGGGAAUUUCCCCUGGGAGGCGGCGGUGGCGUCCGACGCCUUCUUCGAGGAGUUUGUGCGGUGGCAGAAGGGGCGGCUGGCGGGGCUGCCCUCGCAGUGGCGGCGCUUCACGGACAGCGCCCUGCGCAUGUUCCAGCGCCUGCUGGCCCUCGACCCCGAGAAGCGCUGCCCCGUCAAGGAGGUUUUCUACUUCAUCAAGUGCGACCUCAUGGCCGAGGUGCGGUGCCGGCCCUCGUACCGCUCUCGCAAGCACGCCAGGGACAAGCUCCCGGCCGGGCCCCACUGCCACGAGGCCGGCGGCUCCUGCACCCCCGCCCCGCUCAAGAGGACCGUCCUGACCGAGGGGAGCGGAGCGCCCCGCCCCGAGCCCGGCGCAGCCGCCCCGGGCACGGCGAGCAGGACAGACGGACGGCAGGACAAGGGCAAGGGGCAGAUGGUCCUGGCCACAGCAAUAGAGAUCUGCGUGUGACGGCGGCGCCUGGCGGCUGCGCGACCCGCCCGUCCCCCCGCCCCGGGGACAGGGACGGGGGGAGCGCGUCGUGGUGGUGGCACGAGCCGGGACCGGGCUCUGGGUUUCCCAAAGGAAAAAAAAGAAAAAAAAAAAAAAAAAAGGAAAAGAAACACGAUGGAACAGGAAAAGGACAGAACUGGUUGCGCUCUGUAGCGCCGAGGAUGCCGAUCCCCCCCGCCCCGCCUGGGCGAGGCCAGUGGCCGGAGCGCAGCCGAGGGCACCGCUCACUGCUGGGGAGGCUGGGGGCACCCACAGCCACGGCUGUGCUGCCCCCUCCAAGGCUCUCCCGUGCAUGGGGAGGGGUCUCCCCGGGCGGGGAGGAAGAGUCGGGAGCAGCGGGCGGCGCGCUGGCUCUGCCCCACCCCUGCUCGACCCCGCCGGGGAGCGGGAAGGCCGAUGACCCUGCACCGUGGAGGAGGCCUUUGGGGAGGUGUGGGUGGGUGGUGAUUUGCCCUCUUCCACUGGUCCCUGCCGCACAGCUGGGGACCGGGAGGGGGUGGGGAGGUGGGUGAUGGGGAGCCGGGGGGUUGCCAGCAGCCCCGGACUCCCGGCAGCCCCGGUUGCCUCCCUGCCGUGGGAGGUGCUGGCAGCCAUUGAUGUAGCAAGUGUCCCUGUCUGUGUGUCGUUGUGUGUCCCAGCCACUGCCACUGGCAGCCCGUGCCCCCUGCCCUGCCCCACUCGGCUCGGGCCCUGCCGGAGGGAUGGGUCCCCUCUGGCUGGUGCCGGCCAUCCAGCAGGUUGGAUACUCGGGCCGGGCUGGCUCUGCCGUGCCGAUGUCCCCGCGGCCCCUCUGCAGACCCUUUGUACCCAGGGACGGGGGGAGAUGGCAGCGGUGCCCCCCAGGCUGGCCUGCACAGCCCGGGAGCAGGGCAAGGAGCUCCGAGCGGCCUCCCGUGGGCCCACCUGCUUCUCUGUGCUGUCCCCAUCACCCCUCCUUGCUGUCACCCCUUCCCCAACCUGUCACCCUCCCCUGGGGCUGGCGGGGAAGCGGCAGCGGGAUAGACCUGCCGUGGCUGGCUGCAGCGAGGCAGGGCGUGGUGGCAGCAGCCACUGGUGGCCCCUUAGUGACAAGGUCCUGGGGUGUGCGUGGAGGUCACACCUUCCCUCCUGGAUUUGAGCACCCAGCAGAGCGGGGAGCUCACCCCACCGCCGCGGUGGGUAAGCUGUGGGGGCACCCCAAGGCGAGAGCACCCUGCUGUGGUUCGGGCUUCCCUCCCACGGGGUGGGUGCCGUGGGGCGGCCCCGGUGCCCCAAUUCCCCACAAAGGGCUAUAACGCUUUCCAGCAGCAGCAGCAGCAGUUUACAGAGCAGGGGCCGCCCCCGCCCCCGCCGUGCCCCGUCCCCGGCACCCCCCGGGCCCGGCGUUAGACGUAGCAUUGCCCCACGUAGAGAGCUAGGCACCGGUUUUACUCCUCUUUGCCUUAGGUCCCUCGAUGUCCUCGAUCUUUCGUGCAAUAAUGUAGAUAAGGGAUCCCGGCCACCCCGGGAGGGCUCGGUGGCACCGCCCGGGUGUGCCCCAGGGGGUGCCCGGUGUGAUUUCUGUCCCCGUCGAGGUCGCUGUGUCCGUAGGUUGUCAGGUUUUUAUUUCCAGUUCCCUCAGCUGUCGGGUUUCGGACUUUCUUCCCGUAGGAGAGGCUGUAGUGUCACAGACGUUACCUCAGUUUGUCACUGUUGAAAAGGAUUUAAAAAAACCACAACUGAAACCAUAAAAAAAGACAAAAUACAUAGUUAUAAAAGCAACAAACAAUUUCUCAA